AUGCCCUGGGCGCCAACCACCGCUCAAGGAGACUUGCUUUUUGUGGCUGUUGGAAGAAGCAGCCUACGGUUAAGGGACCCGGCGAGCGAGAGCCAUUCCCAUCUAGCAACCCCGCUGGAGCCGCGGGACUGGGACCUUGACGCCAUACCCGCGCCGUCCUUGGGAUCCCCCUUGCUGGCUUUCUCUGCCGUCGGGACCGAUGCGCUGCCCUGCCCUUUGCAAAACGUUUUCUUACCCCCUCCACUGCCCGCCACCCUCUCUGCUGUGCUGCGCCCAAUGAAGUGUAUGCAGCCGGCAUACGAUUCGCAGCACUCAUCUGGACGGAGCAUUUUAGUUUCUACCCCAGUCAUGGCCCGUUCGCUCCCGCAGGCAGGGCUGGCUCAACCACGCGGCGGCGUCUCCACCAAGUACCUCCUACCGACAUGGUUCUGUCAGCCUCGGACCGGGUCUAGCUCAGCAGUGGGAACAGAAACUCAUACCAUGCCGUUUUAUCUGGUUUUACAUGCACCCCAUAGCUCAGCUGCCAGCCCACGGCUCGUCAUGGAACCAGGAUCAUGA